AGACACCUGCGGCACAAAUGGGAAAACAGAACAAUAACUUAAAUAGAAAUUACAAUGAUAGGUCAGGGAUCUGUCAGACUUUCUAUACCAUGAGUUUUUUGCCUUACUACGUAAUGACUUUUUUAUGCCUUAUUGUACUAUGAGACUUUAAGACUUUUUAUGCCCUAUGAUUUUUCAUGGUGCAUUGGUUAAAACUGUCGCCUGUCGCGACUGUGUUCCUACCAAUGUUGAGACCAAACAUACGCCCUUGGUUGCAUCACAGUGACAGCGCUCUAACCACUUGCCUGUGAUAACGUUUGCACUGCUGUAUUUGCAGUUUCAAGUUUCACGACUAAUCCUGCUUCCUGUAGUUGUUUUUCUCCACACAGCAGAGCGUGGAUGGGCAUAAAGUACAACUGUGACAUGAAAGAGAGAACCUACAGUGCUGCGUUGGAACGCCAAAGAAAGACUUAAAAUACCUGCAGAAUGAACAACCAGGAAGUAAUAGACACUCAGGAGACAGACUUUUCCGGUCCUCUACCAUCCAAACAGAAGAAGAUAAUUCACUUCUCCAGCGGCGAAACUCUGGAGGAGGAAGACAGUGAGGAGGAAGAGGAGCCUGCAUCAAACAGACCUCCCUUCAGAGAACCUACAGAGAGGACUAGGUUUUCAUUCAAGAAUGUGGCCAUACUAGUUGGGAGGAUUUCACUGCUGACUUGUGAUUUCCUUGGAGAGAGACUAGCUGGUGCACUUGGACUGAAUGCAGCCAAAUACCAGUACGCCAUAGAUCAAUAUCAGCAUGAUCACAAGAAAACAAGCAGUCAAACCACAGAUGGCCUCAUGGAGGGACAGGCAGAGAUAAUCCAGCUCUCUCCUGGACAUGAUGAUGAGAGUCAUUAUGGAGCUACAGGAGGUGCAAGACACCCUGCUGAACCGCUGGAUGAGAAACAUUUGAACAGAAAAGAAGGAUACCGCAACAGAAGCUACCAAGCAGAUGAGGAUUGUUUGAAAUAAAACUUGAAGAAAAGAAAGAGAGUUGUGAUUUGAUGUGCAAGUCCACUGUGAAACAGAAAUAAUGCAUGCUGCUUUCUUUGUAUAGUGUGGUAAUGUUACAACAGAAGUAUGUGAAGAAAAAAACAUCACACUUGACAAACCGAAGAUUUCCGUGUGUGGCUGAUGGUCCAAUUUUGAUUAUGUAAUUCCCCCCAAAAAUGGAGUACUCUAUCAUGAAAUCAUAAACAUCUGGAUUGUCAAACUAAUCAGAGAAACGGCUGAGUUUUAUACAAUUAGGUCUUAAAUAAAAUAUGUACAUCCCCAGACAACACCGC